AUGGAAUUAAUUGCUUCAAAGAACAAACGCGUGAAAAGUGAUCUGGCUAUAGAAAUAAUCGAUGAUGCUAAGAACGUCAUUUUCACAGGUCAACUACCUUCAAAAAAGAGUGGUAACAGAGAAGACGAUUUGUUUCCUGUGAGUAGAAGUGCUUACAAUCAGAAGGGAUCGUCUGUUGGUUCUGUUGUUGGGUCACCAUACACCGAUAAAUCACCCAAUCAUCAUGUGCAAGCCUUGGCACUUCUCGCUGAUUAUCUGGAUACAGAAGACGCUUCCUCUGAGACAUGGAGCAAACAUUCCCUUGCUUUAGGAACCAAAGGUGGUUCAAGUGGGGGCCCAGUCGUUGAUUGGGAAGGACGAGCUGUUGCCUUAAAUGCUGGAGGCAAAUCUUCAAGUGCUUUAGCAUUCUUCUUACCUUUAGAACGAAUUGUAGCCUCGGAAUCCAUACGAGACACUAGAGCAGUUGCAAGUUCUUGA